CAUCUUCGUUGUAGCAGCCCCUUUCGUCUUCGGCCUACGGAUAAAGUAAGUCAACGCAGAAUCUACGCGAUAUUAUUUUUUGUUUAAAGAGUGUUUAAAAAUGGAAUCAGUUGGUUAUAAUCCAGAGGAACAGCAGAAACCUAUAUUUACGCUUGCUGGUGAAACAAAUCACACAUCGACAACCGAUAGCUUCCCGUUUCCGGAUACUAGGAACGCAGGCAAUCAAGAUAGUGUGAUGCCCAUUUCUGCACUGAUGCAGGGACUCGGCGGUGGUAGCAUGCUGCCUCAGCAGGAGCCAAGAGUUGCCGAUUCAGCACCAUCAAUGUCAGAAAUGGAGGAGAUGAUGAUGAAUAUUCAUUUGAACGGAUCAACGGACUUAUUCAACGAAGACGCCGGGAGUAACUACUUCACAGGUUACAAUAGCAGCCGUUCUGAUGCGUCACCGACUAACGCUUGGCUCGACAGUGCGACCAAUAAUUUGCAAAUUUCCAGAAGCAGUGACGCGAUUGACGUGUUUGACUUUCUCAUGAAAAGUCUAUCAUCGGCAAAUAACUUCUUGUCGACGUUGACUCGCGAACAGACGUUUGUACUGAAAUCCAUUCGGCCCAGUCUGCUCUAUGAAUUCUUGCAAGAAGUCGCGAAGGCUCGCAGUGACCGGCGCGUUCGCCGCGCUUUGCCUAACGAAUGUGCUUUCUGCAAGAAUAAUGGAGAAAACGAAGAGUGCUACUCUUCACACGCUUUGAAGGAUUGGCGCGGUCGCGUCUUGUGCCCAGUAUUGCGCGCGUUCCGCUGUCCUCGCUGCGGCGCCACCGGCGAUAGGGCCCACACAAUUAAAUACUGCCCGGAGAGCCCUGUCAUGGGUACAAGUGCCGCGGGCCUGGCAUCCCGUCGCCGUAUUCCGCCAUCCACGUCACUGCUGUUGAAUGCUCCGCGCAGUCAGACGGGCACGGCCACACCUUCAGCCUCACCCGUCACGUCACAGCCCAACCCUAUGUCGUCGUACACAUCUCUCUGGACCAGCUUAGGUCUUCAAUCAAUUCAAUGAUUUUUGAAUUUGAACAUUGUACAGAAGCGUUCCACAUACACAUUAUGGUGUUUUGUUUGAAUUGGUAAUAUGACCAGUACGGAGAAAUUUGACUUCAAACUAAAGGUACGUUUACGACGAUAUCACUGGUGUACCUGUUAUUAUAUUUGAGAUACACUGGUCUACAGGAUUUUUGUCCCAAAGGUAAAAUAUCGUUAAAAAUCGCGCUUUUAGUACUUUAAAUCUUCAAAUCCCGACGUGCUAGUGCAACUUUAUGUUCUGGACUUCGAUUACGUAUCAAAUAUUCUACAAGAAAUUAUAUAUUUCACCUUUGGGACAAAAAUGCUGUAGACCAGAGUAUCUGAGCGCGACUGCACGUGCUGUUGCCGCUUCGACCCAAAACUUGCGGCUUCAAAAUGUACCUUCAAACUCGUCUUGCUGCGGAUUUCAAUAGCUGGUCCAUAAUUGUUUAGAACGCUUCUAUAGUAUAUAAACGAGUAUUUAAGACUUUCUGAUAAUUUACUAGGCAAAUGCUUCUGUAACACGGCUACCGUUUUGUCUCUGAAACCAUAGUUUGGAAAUACUGUUUUCUGUUCUAAAUAUUACAAUUGGUAUUUUCUAGCAGAAGACUUUAUUUUGGACUAAUCUCGUUCAUUUUUCUACUGCGUUAGUAAAAGAGUGAACUUUAAAAGAACAUUAGUUCUACGGAAACUACAAUCUUACAAAAGCACGCAGGUCGUGUUUUGCUAAUCUCAAACUUGGUUUCAGAUAAUUAGUAAUUUAAGUUUUUUCUCUAAUUAAUUUUUCAUUGGUUUUUAAAUAUAUAAUUAUUAUCAUCAAAUGUCAAAAGUUGAUUAAAAUUUGUAUUUAUAUCUUCAUAACGUGACAAUAAGUAUUUUUACAUGUCAACCAACAACUUAAUAGUUA